AUGCAGGCUCCACGCGCUUGGUACCAGCGCAUUGCAGCGUUUCUUCAUCGACUCGGCUUCCGCUCUACAUGCUCCGAUGCUUCGCUGUUUAUCUACCACCAGGGCGCUGACACAGCUUAUCUGCUCCUCUAUGUCGAUGACAUCAUCAUGACCGCCUGCACGCAUGGCCUUCUUCGCCAGCUCACUGAUCAUCUUCGCGCUGAGUUUGCCAUUAAGGACUUGGGCCCUCUGCACUACUUCCUCGGAGUCGAGGUGGUGCGUCGUUCUGAUGGCUUUUUCCUUCACCAGCGGAAGUAUGCUCAUGAACUUCUUGACCGCGCUGGCAUGCUUAGUUGCAAACCCGCGGCCACGCCUGUCGAUAUGAAGGCCAAGCUUUCUGCCACUGAUGGAUCUCCUGCUUCGGAUGUGUCGUUCUAUCGGUCGAUUGUUGGUGCUCUUUAG